CACCGCUCUCGCUCGAGCUGCGUACCUGCUGCGCUCACAAGCACCUGCUGCACUCUAGCUCGACCCACCGCCACUCAUGCGCGACGUGCGAGUCGUCCUCGUCGGCGACGAGGGCGCCGGCAAGAGCUCCAUCAUCUCGGCCCUCAUCAAAGAAGCAUUUGUCCGCCUCGCACCUCGAACUGUGCUCCCCGAGGUCACGAUCCCGCCGUCGGUCACCCCGGGCCACGACGUGACCACCGUCAUCGUUGACACUUCGCCUCGACCAGAAGACCGCAACCACCUCGUCAACGAGAUCCGCAAGGCACACGUCGUUGGCAUCGUCUAUGCUGUCGACAACCCCAACUCGUUCGACCGCGUGCCCACCUACUGGCUGCCCACCAUUCGGUCUCUCGGCGUCAACGUGCCCGUCGUCCUCAUCGGCAACAAGAUCGACUUGCGAGAGGGCCAGGUGACGAACCAGGCGCUCGAGGACGAGAUCGUGCCCAUCAUGCAGGAGUACAAGGAGGUCGAGACCUGCGUCGAGUGCUCGGCCCUUCUCCCCCUCAACGUGUCCGAGGUCUUCUUCUUCGCCCAGAACGCCGUCCUGCAUCCGACUGCACCCCUGUACGACACGCGGCAACACGUCCUCAAGCCGGCGUGCGUCGCCGCCCUGUCGCGCGUCUUCCGCCUCGUCGACGCCGACAAGGACGGCCUGCUGUCGCCCGACGAGCUCAACGACUUCCAGCGCCUCGUGUUCGACGCGCCGCUCCAGGCAAGAGAGCUCGAGGGCGUCAAGGAGGUCGUCGAGCAGAUGACGGACGGCAGCGGCGUCGAGGGUGGCGGGCUCAACGAGGAGGGCUGGCUCGCGCUCCACACGUACUUUGUCCAGAAGGGCCGCCUCGAGACGACGUGGAAGGCGCUGCGGUGCUUCGGGUACGGCGAGGACCUCAUGCUCCGCGACGAGUUCCUGUUCCCGAGGUUCGACGUCCCGAGUGACUGCACGGCCGAGCUGAGCCCGAGGGGCUACCAGUUUUUCACCGACAUCUUCGAGUCGUUCGACCAGGACCGCGACGGCGCGCUCUCGCCGACAGAGCUCGACAACCUGUUCUCGACCGCGCCGGGCAACCCGUGGCUCGCCGGCAGCUUCCCCGAGACGACGCUCACGACGCCCGAGGGCGCAGUGACGCUUCAAGGCUGGUUGGCGCAGUGGUCGAUGACGACCCUCCUCGAGCCUCGCGUCACCCUGUCGUACCUCGCCUACCUCGGCUACCCGCACUCUUCUGUGUCCGAGUCGACCCUCUCGCACCCUUCCACGCCCGCCGCUUCGACCUCGACUCGCCGGAACCCGUUCGCCUCGACGUCGACGUCGACCGACACCGGCGGCGGGCCGUCGUACCAGCUUCUGCCGACAACGAGCGCGCUCCAGGUCACCAAGCCUCGGCGACCGUCACGCCGCAAGGGCACGCCGGUCGAGCGCAGCGUGUUCCUCGCGUACGUCCUCGGCGCGUCUGGCUCGGGCAAGACGGCGCUCCUGCGCGCGUUCGUCGGCAAGGGCUUUGCGGGUGGCGCGCGAGCAGGGCACGAUCCAUGGGCGGCGCAGGGCAGGGCAGGAAAGGCGGCGACGUGGCCCAAGGGCUCGAGCGCGACGGGCCCCGGAGGAGCAGGGUCGCAGGGUGCGUUGGCGGCGGCCGAGGCGGCCGCGGCGGGCCGGGGCAAGGGCAAGAGCGUCGUCAACUGUGUCGAAGAGGGCGGUGGGGAGCGGUACCUCGUCCUGCAAGAGUUCGGCUCGACGUACGAGUCCGAGGUGCUGCGCAACAAGAAGAAGCUCGAGCUCGCCGACGUCCUCGUGUUCGUCUACGACUCGAGCGACACCAACUCGUUCAGCUACGUGUCCAACCUGCGGCAGCAGUACAAGCUCGACGACAUCCCGACCCUGUUCGUCGCGACCAAGAGCGACCUCGACCUGGCGCAGCAGCGGCACGAGGUCCAGCCCGACACGUACUGCCGCAAGCUGUCGCUGCGAGUACCGCUCGCCGUCUCGGUCAGGCGAGGCGAGCUCGCCGACCUGUACCACACGAUCGUGCGCAUCGCGCAGCACCCACUCUCGGCGCUCCCUUACGGGCCCGAUCGGUCGUCGGCGUCGUCCUUGCUCGGAUUCCCGGUCACGCGCACGCAGUUCUACGUGUGUGCGUCGGCGGGAUUGACGGCGACGCUCGCAGUGGGCGCCGUGUGGUGGUUGCGGGCCGCGGCGAGGCUGCACUCGGCGACGAGCGGAGGAAGCGCAGGGGGAGGUGGAGGAGGGCACGGUAUUCUCGGGUGGCUCGGGAUUGGGCGAGCAUGAGCGCGCGAGACUGGAUUGCACGUCGUGCCUGCGUC